AGGGGUAGUUAUGCUUUGAUCACACUUUUUGCCGAACCGUUCAGAAGUGUGCGUCGGCUGUGCUUUAAUUGUUACAAUGAUAAGCUAUCAACGCAAGCACAAGUUGUGAAAAAAAUAGGUGUAGGAAAGAAGGUUCCUUUUACAUAAAUAUUCUCAUAAAUGGUUUAUAAAGUACAGUGGAAAUAAAGCGAAAUAAAUUACGCUGUUGAAUAUUGAAACAUUUUGCGCAUAUUUAGAUAAACCCCAUUUGAAGUAUUUUAACAGCAUUGGUUCAACUCAACAAACUCAACCAUGUGCAACGCAGCCACCAGUGACAUCGCCACGACGUACGAUCGCACCAUGUCGGUCACGAUCGUGCUGUUCUACACGUUCGUCACGCUGUUUAUGUUUCUGUCCUACAACCCGAAGCCGAAGAAGAUCGUCGAGUCGAUCCGCAGCUUCCUGCUGCAUCUGCUCCAGCACAAUGGCGAUGCUGGAGCUGGCAGUGGUGGACUGCAGGCAGCAACGGCCUGCAACGCAGCGCAGACAUCGCCUGUGUCGCCGCCCGCACCAUCCCCUCCGUCGCACGACGCCGGUGUGCCGACGGUGCGAUCGAUCUGGGACAUACCGGGACCGCGCCGGCUGCCCUUGAUCGGCACCAAGUGGCGCUACUUUUUCGGCCGCCACCGGUACGCCAAGGUGCACGAAACGUUCAUGGAGAUGCACCGCCGGUACGGGCCGAUCAUGCUCGACGUCGACACCGUGCCGAUCGUGAACCUGUUCGAUCGUGCCGACAUGGAGAAGGUGCUCCGGUACCCGAGCCGCUACCCGUUCCGCCCGCCGACCGAGAUCGUCGAGGUGUACCGCAGCAGCCGGCCGGACCGGUUCGGUGUGACCAAUCUGAUCAACGCUCAAGGGGCAAAGUGGCACGAGCUGCGGGCCAAGCUGACCACCGGCAUUACCUCUCGCCGUGUGCUGCAGGCGUUCAUUCCGUCGGUCAACGAGAUCUGCGACGAUUUUGUCGAUCUGGUGCGCCGGCAGCGGGCGGACGAUGGCACGAUCCGCAACUUCCAGGACAUUGCCAACUCGGUCGGGCUGGAGAUUAUCUGCUGCCUUGUGCUCGGUCGCCGCAUGGGCUAUCUGACGACCAACCGGCAGAAUGCGAAGUUUAUGCGGCUGGCCGAAGCGGUCAAGGAGUCGUUCGUGUACAUCGGCGAGAGCUACUUCGGGCUGAAGCUGUGGAAGUACGUGCCGACGCGGCUCUACAGCAACUUUGUCCGGUGUGAGGAGAUCAUCUACGAAACGAUCGCGGAAAUCGUUUAUGAGGCGCUCGAGGAAGAGCAGCUCAACUGUCCCGAUAACGAUGUGAAGCACAUCUUUAUCAGCAUCCUGCAGACCGAGGGGCUGGAUACGAAGGAAAAGAUAUCCGGCAUCAUUGACCUCAUCACCAGUGCCAUAGAAACGCUAUCCAACACGCUCUCGUUCCUGCUGCACAACCUCAGCCAGACGGUGGAGUAUCAGCGCCAGAUUGCGCAAGAGUUCGCCCACUGUGUGCAGCACAUCACGAACGAGGAUCUGGUGAGUGCCCGGUUCACCAAGGCGUGCAUCCAGGAGUCGUACCGCAUCUCGCCCACGACGCCCUGCUUGGCGCGCAUCCUCGAGGAAGACUUCCAGCUGUCCGGGUACCAUCUGCAGGCGGGAACACUCGUACUGUGCCAUACGCGAGUAGCCUGCCUGAGUGAGGACAACUUCCAGCAGGCGGAUCGCUUCCUGCCGGACCGUUGGCUCGAGCAGCGGGACGAGAACGAUAACGUGGUGAACAAGCGGGCGGAACCGGGUGCAUCAGUCGUACUGCCCUUUGGCAUCGGGCGGCGUAUGUGCCCCGGCCAGAAGGUGAUCGACAUCGAGCUGACGCUCCUGGUGGCAAAGAUAUUCCAAAACUUUGAAAUCGAGUACCGCAGCCCGCUCGAUACACAGUUCCAGUUCCUGCUAGCACCGCGCACACCGAUCGAGAUUCGAUUCAGGGAUCGGACGUAGUGACGUUCCCCUCUACCCCGGGGACACUUCUGUUCCGUUCGCAACUACCUCGUACUACACAAGUUCCGGUACUAUUAGGAAGCGGGUGAUGCUGCUUAGUAGAUUUGCAGAAAGCGGGACGUACACCCGGCUACGCCCGUUAAGAAUCAUAUUGAUUAGAUCGCGCUGCGCGAUCAGCAGAACUACCUUGAAUAGAGAACUGAUAUAUUAAUAUGAAUUCCGUAGAGUAGAGUAGUAGAGCAAACCCUAGCGCAACCGGUCAGGAUCCACGAUCACACUAUAAAACUGACUGUACUGUAGAGACUGUGUAGCCUAUUACUGUUAUAGCCUGUGAAUCGCUCUAGUAAGGGGAAAGGCUAUUAGAAAGGCUUAGGCCCGAGGAGUCGACGCGAACUGCGCGAGCUUGCUUUUACGUCAGGUCAUUAGCGUACCGCCAUCAUGCGUUGAUACAGCGAAGGGGUGGGAAGGGUUGGCUCGUUUUGUGCGACCGAAGAUACACUAUUUAUUACGUAUACAGCUCCAGAUGUACAAAUUUACCAGUUAUUUAAGCAAUAUAUAUAAACAAAAUAUCUAA